AUGAAUAAGGAAUGUGAAAGGUUCAAGAAUUUAUCGACGAAUUUUACAUAUCAAUCGAGUAAUCAAAACUAUAAAAUUGAAAAUAAUAAUGAUUUCAAAAAGUAUUGUAGUAAUCAAAAUUGUGUUAAUGCGAUCGAAAAAGUUAAUGCUGGAUGUUUAUAUUUGCUUGAUGCAUUCUUUAAGGAUUCUAAUUUGUUUAAGUCUGUUGCCAAAAGUAACAUCGAUAUUGUUGAUUACAUUUUGCUAUGGUUAAUUUAUAUAUUAAGCCUAAAUGGAAAUGAAAUAAAAAACAGUUUAAAGUUUUUUUAUACUACACAUAUAAAUAAUCAUAAGUAUAAUGAGGAAAUAACUGGUGUUGAAACUUAUUAUAAUAGUUAUAAGGAUCUUAUAGUUAAAAAACACGAUAUGACGAAUGUGAAUAUGAAUAAAAAUAUUAUAUCUAUAUUAUAUGAUGCAUUUAAUAUAUUAUGUAAUAUGUAUAUUGAAUUUGAUGUAAACAAUAUAGAUUGCAAGAAAUAUUUAAACAAAGCUAAUGAAUUUGUUGAAAAAUAUAAAAAACUUAAUGAAUAUCAUAAUAAUAAUAAUGAUGCCAAUUCAUAUAAUAAAAUAUUAUCUACUUUAUCAACUGAUUAUAAUAAUUUUAAAAAUACAUGUAAAAAUGCUAAAUGUAACGAUACUCCAUCUCUUCCAUGGAUAACAACAAAAAUUUCUCUACAACAUUCUGCACAAGGAUUUGAAGAUACAUCAUCAAUUUUGUCGUUAGCAAAUAAAUUAAUUCCAGUUUUAUCGAUAUUAUUUACAAUAGCAAUUUUUUGCGGGAUUUCUUAUAAGUAUUCGUUAUUUGGAUUUCGAAAAAAAUGUAAAAAAAUAAAGAAGAGAACUUAUCAUUAA